GCACAUACGUGCUCUCGUGGCGGUUCCGAUCAAUGGUAGAUUGGAGAGUGACAAGCCUGGUAAAAUUUCUUGGGAGGGAGUGGAACUUCAUUGAUGUUCUGACUUUGAUCAUUGUUACAUCUAUACACUGCCUCGCUCUUUUGGCCCCAUUUCAGUUCACCUGGGGUGCAUUUUCUCUGUUCGUGGCACUAUAUUUUCUUACAGGUCUAGGUAUUACUCUAGGUUACCAUAGGAAUCUUGCACACCGGAGUUUAAAGCUUCAAAAAUGGCUGGAAUACUUUUUCGCCUAUUGCGGUGUUCUCACGCUUCAGGGAAGCCCGAUUGAAUGGGUUAGCACACACAGGUACCAUCAUCAAUAUACGGAUACAAAGAAAGACCCUCAUAGCCCCAUUAAGGGACUCUGGUUUAGUCAUAUUGGUUGGAUCUUCAAUCACCGUUUGAGGUUUGAAAGCUAUAGUAUGAGACUAAAGAAUGCUGAUGAUUUAAGAAGGCAGGCGUACUAUAGGUUUAUCCAUCGUACUUACCUCCUUCAUCCAGUUGCUCUUGGAGUUUUGUUCUAUGCUUUAGGAGGACUUCCCUAUUUGGUUUGGGGAACGGGUGUAAGGACAGUAGUUGGUUUCCAUGUGACUUUUUCUGUGAAUUCAGUUGGUCACAUUUGGGGAAAGCGAGUAUGGGAUACCGGUGAUUUGUCUAGAAACAACUGGUUGUUGGCAUUGCCUACACUUGGAGAAGGGUGGCACAAUAACCACCACGCCUUUGAUUACUCAGCUCGACAGGGCCUCGAAUGGUGGCAGAUUGACUUGACAUGGUACUUCAUCAGAUUUCUUCAAGUUGCUGGUUUGGCAACCGAUGUGAAAACCCCAACUGAAACUCAGAAGAAUCGAAAACCUCUAUACAACAAUACCACAGCGCAAAAGUGUGAAUGAAGUUUAUUCCUCUUGAGAUACCUUUGCUCUUCUUAUGAAUACAUACAGUCGAUCACAAAAUUCUUAUGCUUCAUGAGUUCACAUUGAUUAGUUUUCUGCAUUUAAAAUUCUUCGUGAAUGAA